AUGAGUUCGCCAUCGCAGCACACCAGCACCAACAAUGCAUUCGUCACCCUCCUGACCUCCGACCACUACCUGCCCGGCGCACUCGUUCUCGCCGAGUCGCUUCGCAUCAGCCAUGGACACGCCAGGAAGGGCAAGGCACGCGCCGGCACUUCGCGAAGCGCAGCCACCACCGACUUUCAGGUGGUGGCGCUCAUCACCCCAGAUACGCUCUCGGUGCAGUCCAUCAAGGCGUUGCGGCGAAGCGGUCUGUUCGAUUGGAUCGUAGGUGUCGAGCCCAUCGGCUUCCGUCAGAUUCUCUCCUCUUCCACCCAUGCUCCCACCACCGUCACGACCGGCAUCAGCGGCAGCAGCACGGCGCGCGACGCCGCAGUGCUCGACUCGGAGCUCGACGCAAAGAUCCGCGAUAUGGAGAGGAAUCUUGGCUUGCUCGGCCGUCCCGAUCUCACCAACACCCUCACCAAACUCCACGCCUGGAGGCUGGGUCGCGACUCGGCACUUCUCGUGGCCCAAGCCGCCUCUCCCGUCGAUGGCAGCGAUCAGAAGUGGCUCGGAUUCGACAAGCUCGUCUUCCUCGACGCCGACACCCUCGUCCUGCGCCCCAUCGACCACCUCUUUCGUCUCGGAUCCAGCGUCCACUUCGCCGCGGCUCCAGACACAGGCUGGCCCGAUGCCUUCAACAGCGGCGUCAUGAUGCUCACACCCUCCACCGACACAUUCGAAGCGAUACGCUCGUUUGCUCGUACGACUGGCUCUUGGGACGGCGCCGAUCAGGGCCUCCUCAACGACUUCUACGGCUCCGACGAUAGCUCGGCUUCUCUCCCAGACGAGGCACAAUCGCCCGAUACGUCCUCAGCGCCAGGCGGGGGCUGGAAGAGGCUCAGCUUCCGAUACAACGUCACCAGUCACGGAGGAUAUACGUUUGCGCCGGCAUAUCAGCGCUACGGCCAAAACAUCAACAUCGUCCACUUUAUCGGUCAACACAAGCCGUGGAACCGGCCCAGGCCACAUGGAAGCGCUCAGCCCAAUCCUCUCGUGGCACCACGCGAUCUCGACAGCCAGCCCAUCACGCCAGAUCAGCCUGACUACCUGCUUGCCCUCUGGCACAGCGCCUUCGCCUCUCUCUAUCCGUCCUCGGGCUCCGCAUCGCCGGACAGCGAGAUCGAGAUCGUACACACCGAACGCGGGGUCGAGGUGGUCGAGCGCAGAAACUUCACCGUGCCCACCUAUCACGCCGUCUGGGACGCCGAGGCGCGCGAAGAAGAUGUCUCCUCGUCGGGGCUUGGCUUUGGUAUUCCUGUAGCUGCCUGCGAGUCUGCUCCUGCGCAGCCGCGCGCGCACCAGCAUUGGGAAGCCUCGUAUGCCAGCUUACCGCUCGACGGCAGAAGCUCGCUCAUCCCGCCCGUGCCCGAGGUGGCUCGUACGCCCUCGCCGCCCACACCGACACAGGAGAGCAUCGACGCCGAGUUGCGGUCGCGCGACGCAAGUCCGGCGCAGCCCAUCCCUGUUCCGGUAUCCAGCAUUCAGCACGGCAGUGCCGCGAACAAGGGCGAUGAAGACGACAGCGAUACGUCGCCGCAGCACUACUCUCCGCCCAAGCUCUCGUGGAACCCCGCCCACGGGCCUCCGCCGACCGGGUCGGGCGCCGCGCUGUACCAGAUGCGCGUCCCCAUCGAUGCCUACUACGCAAACAUCUGGGAUGCAGGCCAAAAGACGCCGCGCACGCUCGCCGAGCAGAAGGCGGCUGGACGCCAGCGCGGCGGGCCGGGAUACAUCCCCUCGCAGCUGCGCCGCGACCAUGUCUUUGACAACUUGGGCUCGCACAAGCCGGACGCGAGCAAGGUCAAGCCCAUCUUUCCCUGGGAGACGCAGCAGCGCACGCCGACGGCGCCCACGCGCGUCUUUCCCGACGAGCCGCGGCGGUCGCCCCCGCCAAGUGCCGACACCACGCCAAAGAUGGGCAGCACCCAGCAGAGCAACAAUGGAGCCUUUGCGGCGUCGGUUGUGUCUGCUCCGGCAGUAUCGAGGCCGAGGGGGUUGCCGGCAAAUUUGUCCUUCGUCAAUGCUUGGGACCAGGCGGGUGCGAUUGGCAACUUUGCCAAUGCAUGGAAUCGACGCGCGAAUCCCGCCUCGCCGAAUCGACGUCGAGCGGCCGAGACGGGCAACCGAGAGGCUGCACGGGACAAUGGCGCUGCGAGGCAGACCGAGCCGCGCCAGCGGGCGGAAGUUCAGCGCGUCGGUUCGCCCCAGGCAAGCUUUCGACCGGCGUACGGGGCUGAGCGCCGAGCGAGCAUGGAGGAGGUGACCGAUGCGCGCGACGGCGAAGCGAGCGACAGCCGCGACGGCGACGACGAGUCGUCCUCCGGCGAAGAAUCGUCGGGCAACGAAGGUGUCUCGCAGGUGGUGGAGGGAGCUAGAGAUGGCACCCCGUCGCCGACGAAUUCGAGGCAGGCAGGGUGGCCGCGCGAAGGACCCGGGAGAGGGUACAUGCGCAAGGCGGAGAACUCGGUGUACGCGCAGAUGCACGCCACGCCGCGCAGUCCGCGCAUGACCUCGCGCGUGCUCUCGUACACUUCGACGGCCACCGAGGGUGAAGGGCGCAGUGGACGGGUGUCGGGAUCGAGCACGGCGUCCGAGGCGGCAGCGAGGCAGCGCGCCAAGGACCGCAUUCGUCCGGACGGCUGGAUCUCGACGGGCUCGGGAAGCGGUAUGAGCAGUCCGCCGUAUGGUGGGUGGCACCAGGCAGAGAUGACAGCAGCAUCGCUGCGCGGGAUUCCCGGCAUGCGCGCCGGACAGGCACAUGUGCGUAGGAGGCAUGAACCUACCUCGUCGAACGACUCGCUCUCGGAAGAGUCGCGAUCCGCCUCCCCCACUGCCCUCAUCGCUCAGCCCCUACCAGCGGUCCGAGGUCAGGUGGUGCCACCGUCGCCACCGAGCUUGGAGGAACCUUUCAGUUCGAGCCCUCGCAAUACGCGCGCCGAACUCUCGCAGCACGCACGUACCCACCUGCACGCAAGGAGGGCCCACAACUUCCCCCAUGCGCCCCAUGCGCAGUAG